AUGGGGAACUGCAACGCCUGCAUAAGACCCGAAGAAGCUGCAAAAGCCGAUUACAAGCCGAACCACGAGAAGAAGGUUCGAGACCGCCGUCCAAACCCGUACGCAGAAUCGCCCGCCCCGAUCCGCGUCUUAAAGGAUUUCAUCCCCAAGGCCCGAAUCUCCGACAAGUACGUCCUGGGCCGGGAACUGGGGCGGGGCGAGUUCGGGGUAACUUAUCUAUGCACCGACCGGGAGACUCGCGAAGCCAUGGCGUGCAAGUCAAUCUCGAAGAAGAAGCUCCGCACGGCCGUGGACAUCGAAGAUGUUCGCCGUGAGGUGGCGAUUAUGUCGAGUUUGCCGGAGCACGCGAACAUCGUGAAGCUCCGAGCUACGUACGAGGACAACGAGGCUGUUCACUUGGUCAUGGAGCUCUGCGAAGGCGGCGAGCUUUUUGAUAGGAUCGUGGCGCGUGGGCAUUACAGUGAAAGAGCCGCCGCCGGAGUUGCGAAGACUGUUGCUGAGGUGGUGCGUAUGUGCCACGCGAAUGGAGUCAUGCAUAGAGACUUGAAGCCCGAGAAUUUCUUGUUUGCGAAUAAGAAGGAGAAUUCUGCGCUUAAAGUUAUUGAUUUUGGAUUAUCUGUGUUUUUCAAGCCUGGGGAGAGAUUUAGUGAGAUUGUUGGAAGUCCGUACUAUAUGGCACCUGAGGUGUUGAAGAGGAAUUAUGGACCAGAGGUUGAUAUUUGGAGCGCCGGUGUGAUCCUUUACAUUUUGUUAUGUGGGGUGCCUCCAUUUUGGGCCGAAACCGAGCAGGGGGUAGCUCUUGCAAUUCUACGGGGAGUGCUCGAUUUUAAGAGAGAACCGUGGCCUCAAGUAUCUGAAAGUGCCAAAAGCCUCGUGAAACAGAUGCUGGACCCUGACCCUAAGAAGCGGUUAACAGCCCAACAGGUGCUUGACCAUCCAUGGAUACAAAAUGCAAAGAAAGCUUCAAAUGUUCCUUUGGGUGAUAUAGUGAGGACACGUCUAAAGCAGUUCUCCGUUAUGAAUAAAUUCAAGAAGAAAGCCUUGCGGGUAAUUGCGGAACACUUAUCAGUUGGAGAGGUAGAAGUAAUUAGAGAUAUGUUCACAUUGAUGGACACUGAUGGUAAUGGGCAAGUAACAUAUGACGAACUGAAAGCUGGACUUAGGAAAGUUGGUUCCCAGUUGGCAGAGCCGGAGAUAAAGCUGCUGAUGGAUGUGGCUGAUGUUGAUGGAAAUGGACACCUGGAUUACGGGGAGUUUGUAGCAGUUAUAAUUCACCUACAGAGAAUGGAGAAUGAUGAGCAUAUUCGUAGAGCGUUCAUGUUCUUUGACAAAGAUGGGAGUGGAUAUAUUGAUAUCGAUGAGCUACGUGAAGCUUUAGCGGAUGAAUCUGGUGACUGUGACAUCAAUGUAGUGAACGAGAUUAUGCGAGAAGUUGAUACUGAUAAGGAUGGGCAAAUUAGUUUUGAGGAGUUUGUUGCAAUGAUGAAAACUGGAACUGAUUGGAGAAAGGCGUCCCGGCAAUAUUCAAGAGAAAGGUUCAAGAGCCUAAGCCUUAACCUAAUGAAGGAUGGCUCUCUGCAGCUUCAGGAUGGUCUAACCGGGCAAACUUUUCUCGUUUGAGUACAAUGUCUUUCGUGGUUUUUUUCGGUUACUCCCUUGGUUUAUGCCCUUUCGAACUUAUAUUUCAACAUAACUGCCAUUGUUGAUGUUAUAGCGGGCAAAUUUGGCUGUCUCGUCUCCAGAAAGUGAGCUCGAAGUUUGCACAUAAUAAUCGAAAUCUGCUGGGAUUUUUCUGUCUGAUGCAGGAUGAAAAGGUUUGGAGGAAAACAUUUAAGUUCAAUUUUAUUUUUUUUGUUCAAAGCCUAUUAUAGGAAAACUUAGGAGUUUACAUACAUGUCUCAGCUUGUAUAUUGUCAUCUGUCUUUCUUUUUAUGGAAAUUAAAGCCUUGUAUUUUCCUUCCUUUUUAUUUUAUUUUAUUUUUAUUUUCCUAAGUUGUAUACUUGAAGAUCCAUGAUACAAGAUUCUAUUGAAUUGUUUGAAUUCACAUUGAACUUAUUGAAGAAA